CCAACCCCUCUCUCUUCAAUCCACCUUAUUUGUUCAUCACUCUCACGAUUGUCUCCACUAUAUUAGGGCUUUUGCGAUGAUUCGGGAUCGAGAUAUAAUGAGCUGAUCUGAAUCGGUGGUAAUGUUUCUCGAUCUUUUGUUCGGAUUGUAGAGAUCAAAACGAUCGGUUCUUCUGUGUUUAGGGUUAGGGCUCUUGAGUUAUCGUCCGAAAAAUAAGUAAAUAAUUGUGAAGGGCAUCGAACGAUGCACUCGGUGCCUUCAAUUGAUUCGAUGGCUCGUCCUUGCUCUACCUCAUUCUACGGUGGAAGGAGCUCUCAUCGUCUUAAACGUCUUGAAAAAGGUGAUCGGCGUGGUAAUCUUAGUUAACACUCGGUCUGUUAUUCACUUGAUUUGAUUUUGCUUUCAGUGUCAUCUAGGGUUGUGGUUUUCUGGAUUUCAUUGUCCGAUCGAGUCAAUACAAAUUAGGUCUUGGCCCUCUUGGGUUGGUUGAUAUUUGUUGGGUCAACGUCAUCUUGAAAGCUGAGGAUUGCUUGGUUUGAUUUGGUUUGGUUUAGUUCUUGCUUGGAGGAUCUUCUCGGAGUAGCCGUUGACCGAAAGUUCUACUUUCCAGCUUCUGUUUUAGUGAUGGACGUUUGCUCCUCUGGUGGUAAGUCAGUUCCUGAAGAUGAGAACAACUCUUGUCCAUUGUCUGUGGAUCCACCACACUCUAGUUAUGGAGUUACAGGACCCGUUUCUGUGAGUGAGCUUGGUAACUAUCUGACCGAGUUUUUAAAAAUUCAAGAUAAUUCUGCAUCUGAUUCCAUUCAACCUUCUGCUAAGAAAGUCAUGACCAAUAUGAAAAAGGAAGACGUGUGUGAAGGUUCCCAUGAAAGUAGAUUGGUCAGUGUCAAUGCUGAGAAGUGUUUCAAUAAGUGUGCAUCUUUUCCAGGUUCUCAUAAGAUUACGUCCCCGGAAGAUGAGGAGAGGGGGGUAGUUAAGGAUAAGGAGGAUGAUCUAAUUGCUGGAGUAUUGGUAGAGAAUGGCAAUGCUAAAACUGUUGCCUGGCCUCCCCCACGCACAAUAUCUUUGCCUACUCCUUCGAAGCUUUUAUCUGCCAUGAAAGGCAGCCGUGAGAAACAGGGGGCACACACCCAGAAGCUGACUGUGACAUGGGCCCCCGAUGUGUAUGACCCAACUCCUUCAGCUGCCUCACAUGUAGCAACAAACAAACCUCAACGUCAUAGGAAUGACAGCAAGAAGAAUGGAAAGAACAAGCAGAAAGGCAGUGGCAAAUCUACGCGAGGGAGCAAGGGCAAAGAGAAGAAGCAAGCUCGGAAACAUGGUGGAAGCUCAAACAGGGGUUUCAAGCGACCGGAUGAUGACGGCAGAGUGGUUGACUGCGGAGUGCCUCAGGUUGGCAUGGUGGAUUUCAAUGUUGGCUGCCCAGAUCCAUUUUGUGGUCAUAGUUUCCUCAAGCAAUCCGUCACUAAGUUGCACUUCUCGGUUGCUGAGGCCACGUAAGCAGUGAUUUUUAUUCAGCAUCUCAUACGGUGUUCUGACUGGCGGUGUAGAUAAAAAAUAUGUAAAGAUCUGAGGUUUUGUUGAUGAUAUGAGUGGAACUUAGAAGGCUUUGCUUAUCGUGAUUGUACCCACUUGGACUAUUUCCUUUGCUUGUAGAUAAUCUGUGCUUGUUCUGCAUUGGACCUUAUUUUAAAAGCCCUUAACUAUGACUGCGUCUAAAUUACUACACUUGAUUUAAACCAAUACAAGAAUGUUGUCUCGCCCGUUUUAACGUGUGGGGGAAUAACCAUCUUGACGGUACAGUUGCAAUGUUUUCAUUUGGAUUGAAA